AUGUCAGGCCUGAAUUUGGCCCAUCUUAACAUAUCUCAAAAGACACCUGGCCUGGUUGCGCUUUUAGCUCUUCCACCCUCAACGACGACUCGCUCUCUCUUUACCCUUUCAGCAAAUCCUCCGACAAAACUCCGGACUUCCAUCAGAUUCAGGAGUCUAUUUUAUUUUCCGGCGCAAUUUCAAAUCCUCGAUCUCAAUGAAUCCAGAAUAGUAAGUUCUCAAUUUCUCCCGUUGAAUUAUGAUUUAAUCCGUGAUUCACUUAGAGUUGCUGAAUUCUUUUGUACGAUUGUUUGCCCUCUUGCUCUUUCAAAAGAUUUGAUUGAAGGAAAUAUUCAAAACCUUUAUUCAUCAAGGUUGAGGAAUGAUUUGAGAUGGAGGCUACCAGAUGUCUACCCACUGCUAGGGGCUCUUGGUUUUUUAGCUGUAGGAAAGUAUGUUAUCAAACAAAUGCCCAGUUUGCAUUUGGAAAACAACGGUGGCCGGCCUGAUUUGCGUGGCUGCUGCGAUUAUCUGUUCAAACUGUUACUUAUCGGAGAUUCUGGUGUUGGGAAAUCAUGCCUUCUUCUGCGGUUUGCGGAUGAUUCUUAUUCAGAGAGUUAUAUUAGCACCAUUGGAGUUGACUUUAAAAUCCGCACCGUGGAGCAAGAUGGGAAAACUAUUAAACUUCAAAUUUGGGACACGGCUGGGCAAGAACGAUUUAGGACAAUAACUAGCAGCUACUAUCGUGGAGCACAUGGUAUCAUUGUGGUAUAUGACGUCACGGACCGUGAAAGCUUCAACAAUGUAAAGCAGUGGCUAAAUGAAAUUGAUCGCUAUGCCAGCGAAAAUGUUAACAAAAUUCUGGUUGGAAAUAAGUCCGAUCUUACUGAGAAGAAAGCUGUUUCCUAUGAGGAAGCUCAGGCUUUUGCUGAUGAAAUUGGUAUUCCAUUCAUGGAGACGAGUGCGAAAAAUGCUAGUAAUGUUGAGCAAGCUUUCAUGGCAAUGGCUGCUGCUAUAAAGAGCAGGAUGGCAAGCCAACCAGCCAGGGACAAUGCUAAGCUUCCGAAUGUGAAUAUUAAGGGGCAGCCUGUUGCACAAAGUAGUGGCUGCUGCUCCUCCUGA